GUAAAAUGCGUCCGGAAACCGUAAAAACCAUGCGAAUACGAAGUUCAGUGACCCGAAAUGAUUCUGGAUCGGUUUCACCGCCGGCUCCCAGUACUUCAAGUGAUGAAAUGGCAAUUUUUCGCCAAGUUAUGCGAAAAACCUUUGCAAAUCUGCCUCCACUGGAGUUGGAGCUGAAAAUUGAGCAGCUUUGGAAUGGUCUGACGCCGGCGCAGCGGGAGAAAAUGAUGAAAAAUGGGGAAAAGGAGAAUGUUUCGCAAAAACAAGCAGCAGUGUCGAUGGAAACUCGUAAAAAUUGUAACGCUAUAGCAAAGGUUUUGGACAUUAAACCGUCGACAACACCGACAAAUUCAUAUGCAGAAAGAUUGAAAAUUCGAAUUAAAGCAUAUCAUAAUGAGGGAUUCAUUUUGGCGUCCCGGGAAGGCCCUCCAACACUUCCAUCACGACUUCCACCCACCGCAGCAGAGCCAAAAAUCUCACUUCCGACAUCAAAACCACCGCCAAUUCCCAUAAAAAUCGAGGAAAUGGUUCAAAAAACCGUCCAACACCUUCGAAAACCCCAAAAACACGCCAGAAUCGUCGUAAAACCGAUAAAAUGUGCCCAAAAACCACAAAAUUCGGCGGAAAAAGGACGAAAUCCCGUUAAAAAAUCAAUUGAACCGGUUGAACCAAUGGUUUUGGAGCCAAUUGCUCCACCACCACCACAGUCUCCUGUAAUAAGUUACAGUGAAGCGUGUAAAAUGUACUAUCAGACACUGUCACAAAUGACGCUUUUGGCUGAUUUUGAAGAUCUAUCGAUGCUGACAGAAUACGCGAAUAUUGUGGAAGGAAUUCGGCCAAUACGAGAAUUUAAUUACGGAUUUGAAUUAUAGAAAUUAUCAGAAAAUGUACAGAACCCCUGAAAAAAUCGAAUUUUUGACUUAAAAAUUUGAAUUUGAACUGAAAAAUUUGAUUUUUGACUGAAAAAUUCGCCUUUUACAUGAGAAUUUCAAUUUUUGACCAAAAAAUUUCAAAAAAUCGAAUUUUAACUGAAAAAUCGAUUUUUACAUGAAAAAAUCGAUUUUUGAUCAAAAAAUUGAAUUUUAACCGAAAAAAUCUAUUUUUGACUUAAAAAUUCGAUUUUUUACUCAAAAAAUCGAAUUUUAACUGAAAAAUCGAUUUUAGACCCAAAAUUUCAAUUUUUGACUGAAAAAAUCGAGUUUUCACUAUAAAAAAUUCGAAUUUUUGACCCAAAAAUUCGAUUUUUGACUUAAAAAUUUGAAUUUUAACUGAAAAUUCGAUUUUUACAUGAGAAUUGCAAUUUUUAACUGAAAAAUUCGAUUUUUGAAUUAAAGAUUCAAUUUUUGACUUAAAAAUUCAUCGUAGGACCCCCAAAAUAAUCUAUUUUCUUUUUGUUAUCACACCGCUUCCACCACCUGAAAAAGUUAAAAAAAAACCGCUGAAAAUUGUUGAAAAAUGAGAAUUUUCAGCCCAUUUUUGGCGGGAAAAGCUGAAAAUUUGAAUUUUUGCAAUGUUUUUAACCUGAAAAUCCGAUUUUUCCGGCUGAAAAAGCUGAAAUUUGAACGUGUUUUCCGUGAAUUCCACACAUUUUUCGAUGAAAAAUUCACUAAACACUCAAAAAUUCAGCUGAAAAAUCUCGAAUUUCCCACUUUCUCGCUGAAAAUUCCAUUUUCAACCAGUUUUUCAGCCUGAAAAAGCUUAAAAUCGUCAGUUUUCACUCGAAAAACUGAAAUUUUUCGAUUUUUUCGGCUGAAAAAUCGCAAAAUUCUCAUUUUUCACACAAUUUCAGCCGGUUUUCAGCCUGUUAUUUUAGACAUUUUUAUAGAGAAUUUUCACCCAAAAACCCUCGAUUUUUUCAUUGUUUUCUAGCCACCGCUGUUAUAAAUUCGGACACACCGCCCGGAAAUUUCACACCCUGUUUUACUUGUUAUCACCGCCCCCGUUUUCCCAUAGAUUUAUCGAUUUUCUUGUUACUUUUCUGUUUUUUUUUGUUCGUCUGUUUCUCGCUAUUACUGCUGCUUUCCUGCUUGGAAAAAUUCCAAUAAAUUUGAAUUUUUAUUCAAAU